AUGCACGCUCGGAGUGCCUCGAGUGCUUCUACAACCAGCUUCAUACCAUCUUUUUCUCGUCGCUCGGCCGCCAUCCCGAACAAGCAAGGCACCGAAGCAAUCUACACCGUCGAUACACAGACACCCGGGAGCCAUGCAAAUAUUACUGAGAUCAGGAUCCUUACCGGGACCUCAAACCUCUUCUCCGAAGAUCCACGAGAUACGGAAGCCAAAUGGCUUGGAAAGGGGGACUUGGUGCUUUGGCUGAAGGACGUAGAUUUUGGAGCAACGGAAUUCUGGAUUGCGGACGCAGAAGAUGCAGGUCAGAAUUAUGUGAAUUUCAAAACGUUAUCGAAGAGAGCCUCGGUGGGGUCUUCGUGUACGCAACGAGGGAGUGGCUAUUGCGCCCGCAGGAUCAGCGCGAAGGCGUCCCAUCUCAAGCUGCACAGGCUUCACGGCCAGUACGACGACAUAGCAAUAGCUGUGGCUUGCUCCGCCACAUCGAACGGCAGUCUUUACAACCAUGACACAGAAGGAUCGACCAGCGAGAUACAAAAUGCGAUAUGGUAA